AUGAGUCAAGCGCCCGUUCUCUCCACAGAGCCCGAGUUUGAGACCGUGGCACCCCUAGUCCGAGAAACGCCCUCAAACGAUUAUCUCAACAAAUACUAUUGUCUCCCUCAGCUGACAGAGUACCUCAAUAGCCAUGAAUACAAGAGCAUUGCCCUCCAGUUUCCGGCAAACGACGUGGCAGACUCCGCAUUAGUCGUCCGACUGCUCAAGCAGACGGUCGACCCUUCCAUUUCUCUCUUCAUUCUCGCAGAUACGAACUACUCACCCUGCUGUGUGGAUGUGGUGGGUGCUAACCACAUCAAGGCUGAUCUGGUGGUCCACUUCGGCUCUGCAUGUCUCAACCCCGUCACUAUGCCCGUGGUAUACGUUUUCUGCAACCCCGAAAUCGAUGUCAAGGUCAUGGUGGACCAGCUGACCGAACAGAUCAAGGAUGCCGAGCAGCCCAACAUUCUGCUGGACUCAGACUCAAAAUACUACCCUGAGAUGCCCACCAUGUUCAAGGCUCUCCGAGAAGCAUUCCCCGACAAGAUCAUUGUGCGAUCUUUCAUCCCCAACCCCCAGGAGACUCUGGGACUAUCUGAGGAGGAGACUAAGCCAGACGCCGAGGAGGGAUACCUGUACCGACGAACACAUGAUGAUCUCGACCCUCAGGAGACCAUGCUCAUCUACGUGGGAACCCCUUCGUCUUCCCUGGCCUUGCAUUACUCUACUCGUUUCGGCGCUACUGCAUACUUCAAUCCAGUGUCUGGUCAGGCGGAGACCCCCAAGACCGCCAUCAUGAAGAGAUAUCGAUACAUGAACAUGGCCCGUGCAGCUCAGACCAUUGGCAUUCUCAUUAACAGUUUGUCCAUGUCCGAGACCAAGGAAAUGUCGAAGAAGCUGCAGAAGGCCAUUGCUGAGAGCGGAAAGAAAUCGUACACUUUUGUUGUUGGCAAGCCCAACGUUGCCAAGCUCGCCAACUUUGAGGUUGUCGAUGUGUGGGCUGUUUUUGGAUGUGGCAUUGGUGGCAUUAUUCUCGAGAACGAGGAGCAGUACUUCAAGCCUGUGGUUUCCGUCUACGAGCUGGGUCUGGCUCUUCAGCCUGAGCUCUCUUGGACUGGUGAGUGGGAGAUUGACUCCAACAAGGUUGAUCUGAACGUUGAGGUCGAUGAGGACGAGGUCGAUGAGCCCUUUUUCAACCCUGUCACGGGCAAGUUUAUUGAUCACAAGCCCUUGCAUGUUCAGGAGUACUCGGAUGACGAGGAGACUCAGGCUCUGGUCAAAUCUAUCGGUGGGUCUCUUACAAUCAAAAAUACAGUCACUACAGCCGCCAUUCAGCUCCAGCAGCGAGAAUGGCAGGGUUUGGGCCAUGACUAUGGCUCUGGCGAGGAGGACGGAGCUGAUCUAGAGGAGGGCCGAGGAGGAAUUGCCAGAGGAUAUGCUGUUGGCGAUGAUGAGCGAAUGUAA